UAUUAUGUGCUGUACAAUCAAGCGGAGGAGCGUCAGGAAAUUCGUUAACCGAUAGCACAAAUUAUAGUAGAGGCCCUUACUUUGAUACAAACGCGUCCAAGAACGUCACAGCCUUAUUAGGCAAAACAGCUUAUCUUAAUUGUCGAGUAAAAAAUUUAGCGAACAGAACGAUAUCGCUGCAGGUGUCGUGGGUUAGACAUAGAGAUGUGCACCUUCUCACAGUCGGCCGAUAUACCUACACUAGCGACCAGAGAUUUAGAGCGAUCCAUCAGCCACAUUCAGAAGACUGGACCUUACAGAUAAAAUAUCCGCAGCAUAGGGACUCGGGAAUUUACGAGUGCCAGGUGUCUUCCACUCCACAUCUCAGUCACUACAUCCACCUCACGGUUAUAGAGCCCGACACCGAAAUUGUUGGUGGUCCGGAAUUAUUCAUUGACCGAGGAAGUACCAUUAACCUUACAUGCGUCGUAAGGCACAGUCCCGAACCCCCGGCAUACAUCUAUUGGAACCACAACGACGCGGUGAGUACAUAG